AGCGGAUGUGUGCUGGCUGCAGACCGGCAGAUUAGCUCAGCUCAACGAGGUCGUAGGACUCUCAGAAGCUCCAGCUCAGACCACCAGACGUACCGGCUCGGUUUUUAAGAACGGUUUAAGUUCUAGAACUUAAAAUAACCGGUUCCGCUAUUCUGUGCGCUUUUUCAGCUACCAAGGAAUGCCAAGAGAGCUCACCCAGAACAGGAUCCAAAAGAUCUGGGUUGCGACCAAAGAUGAUAAGCAAAGGAGAGGUACUGGUGCCCCCCACUUUGUCAACCCCCCCACUGUCAUUGUGAUGGUGGGUCUUCCGGCUCGGGGCAAGACCUACAUGUCGAAGAAACUCACCCGCUACCUCAACUGGAUCGGCAUACCCACCAAAGUUUUCAAUGUUGGGGAGUAUCGCCGAGAGGCCGUGAAGAAUUACAGCUCCUACGACUUCUUCAAGCCCAACAACGAGUCUGCCUUUAAAAUUAGGCAGCAGUGUGCCUUAGCAGCUCUGAGAGAUGUCAAGUCUUACCUGAAAGACGAAGGAGGCCAAGCAGCUGUGUUUGAUGCCACUAACACAACAAGAGACAGGCGGGAGUUGAUCCUCACCUUUGGCAAAGAGAAUGAUUUCAAGAUCUUCUUCAUCGAGUCUGUGUGCAACGACCCCAGCGUCAUCGCGUCGAACAUCAUGGAAGUGAAGGUGUCCUGUCCAGAUUACCGGGACUGCAACACGACUGACGCCAUGACGGAUUUUCAGAAGAGGAUUGAAUGUUACAGAACCAGCUACCAGCCUCUGGACCCGGACGAGCACGAUCGAGAGCUCUCCUUCAUCAAAGUCAUAGACGUGGGCCGCCGUUUCCUUGUCAACCGGAUCCAGGAUCACAUCCAGAGUAAAAUAGUUUACUACCUGAUGAACAUUCACAUCCAGCCGCGUACGAUUUACCUGUGUCGACAUGGAGAGAGCACGGACAACCUGGAGGGUCGGCUGGGUGGUGACUCGGGCCUCUCGCUGAGAGGUCGCCAGUUCUCUGCUGCCUUGACUCGAUUUGUGGAGGAGCAGCAGCUGAAGGACCUGAAGGUCUGGUCCAGCCAGCUGCGCCGCAGCAUCCAGACGGCCGAGCACCUGGGAGUCCCGUACGAGCAGUGGAAGGCACUUAACGAGAUUGACGCCGGGAUUUGUGAGGAGAUGACGUACGAUGAAAUGAAGGAGAAGUUUCCUGAGGAGUUUGCACUGAGAGACGAAGAUAAAUAUUAUUACCGCUACCCAGCUGGAGAGUCCUACCAGGACCUGGUCCAGCGGGUGGAGCCGGUCAUCAUGGAGCUGGAGAGGCAGGAGAACGUUCUGGUCGUCUGUCACCAGGCUGUCAUGCGCUGCCUGCUUGCUUACUUCUUAGAUAAGAGUGCAGAUGAGAUGCCCUACCUGAAGUGUCCCCUCCACACAGUGCUGAAGCUCACCCCAGUCGCCUACGGCUGCAAAGUGGAGUCCAUCUCCCUCAACGUGGAGGCUGUGAACACCCACAGAGACCGACCAGAGGAGGUUAAGAGGGGUCCUGGCAUUCUAAUCCGGAGGAACAGCGUGACUCCUCUGACCAGCCCAGAGUCGCAAAUCAAGAAGCCUCGCAUCGAGGAGCUGGACGAGGUGCCGAUCCAGGAGCUUCCCAACUCUGUUGCCUCGCUUGCCCUCUGCAGCUCACAGCGCAUUCCCCUUGCUCUGUCUGGACCGAACCUGAGAAGCUGCUGUGACAUCCUACAGCCCUGCUAAUGAACCGGACCAACCGCUCAAGAGGAGAUCCCUCACAUGAAGAAUCAGACAUGUUCUCUUUGUCAGCCAAGGACACACUUUUACUGUACUUUUAAAAUCCCUCUUUUCUCUCUAAAUGUAACUUACGGUAUUUUUCUUGCUCUUUACUUUGCGCCCCUGAUAUUUGUUCAUCUCUAUGACUGCCCGAGCGGCCCCCUGGACAGUGUUCCAUUUGGUUUAUGUUGAAGACCAAAGAUUUGGAUCCCAAUACCAGAUUUGUUUUCUCAGUCUUAUAAAUAAUUUCACCUUAGUCAUUUGAUAAAUGAUGUUGACGAGCUACAAACCAGGCAACAUUUUGCACAGUAGUGAUGGAUAUUGUUGUUUUUGUUCUGUGUUAUCUUUGCCAUGGCGGUGAUCUUUGCCGUAGAGUGCCUGUAGCGCUUGUUUUGCAAGCCUGACGCAGCUUCUCUUGUGGUUUCUCUGAACUUAAUUUCUAGAAGAGAAACGCAACAUUUCUAAUAGCUCAUAUCAUUUUAAUAUUUAUCUUUUUGUUGUUUGAUUUUCUUUAGGAUCAGUGCCACAGUGCAAACUGUUUCUUGUUACCCGGUAAAAUUAGAGUUUGUUGUUUGCGGUCAUUGACUGCUAUGCACAGAAUGAAGCAACUAUAUUUUGGUACCCUGCGUGCUGUUAAUAAUAUCUUUGUAAAUGUUAGUGUACAUACAGUGAACUGGACUGGGGGGGGGGGGGGGGGUUACGGGUUAGUAUUACUCAGGGGGAGUAUGUUUGUACUAACUGGGAGGGGAAAAAGCUGAUGCUUGACUCAGAAAAAUAACAUGUCUGCUCAGUAUACUUGAAGUUAUUUUUUGUAAAACUUUCUUGUUUUUUACUUUUUAGUUAUUUAUGUAGUUUUGAAUGACUGGCUGGAGGGAGGGACACACCUUUAUAAUGCCAGAACUGAGUGUGUAGUUUUUUUUUCUGCAUCUGCUGGACCAAUAAAUCCACUUAAAUAUAA